AUGGAUUCCAAAGACCACGUUAGGAUUUCGUCAACGAAUAAUAAUAAUAAUAAUAGUACAACAUGGAAUUAUUCGAAUACGUUAGGAUUUUUAUUUGCCAUCGUCGCAUUAGUUAUUUUCUUAAUUUGUUUUUCCAUCUACAAAAAGAGUAAAGUUAAAAAAAAUGGCAUUCUGUUAUUCGGUUUGUGCGAAUCUGGGAAAACUUUAAUAUUUGCACGACUAGUUUUUAAUAAGUUUAUACAAACGCAUACGUCGAUAAAAGAAAAUUUAAAUUUUUAUUCAACGGGAAAAGCAGAUUUUAAUAUCAUAGAUAUUCCCGGUCAUGAAAGGCUUAGAAAUAGAUAUUUUGAACAAUUUAAAACUCAAGUUAGAGCAUUGGUUUUUGUCAUUGAUUCAUCGACAGUUCAAAGAGAAAUAAAAGAUGUCGCUGAAUAUUUAUACAGUUGUUUAAUCGAUUCAUACAUUGCAAGUUGCAUGCCUCCAUUACUCAUACUAUGUAAUAAACAGGGUGAAGCUACGGCAAAAGGAUCGACAGUUAUUAAAAUGAUGUUGGAAAAAGAAUUGAAUAUUGUUCGUACGACAAAAUCAAAUCAAUUGGAAUCGAUUGGAAAAAAUAUGAAUAAUAAUUAUUUGGGUAAGGAAGGAGUUGAUUUUGAAUUUUCUCAUUUGGCUCCCAUGAAAGUUGAUUUUGCCGAAUGUUCUGCAUUGAUAAACGAUGAUGAGAAAGAAUAUAACAUAAAAGAAUUGGAGCAAUGGAUUCAAAAACUUACUUAA